AUGGGUCGUCUGCUGGUACUCCCGGUUUUGCUGGGACUCUUUGUCGCACUGGUGAAUUCCUUCCCCAGUGAGGAGCCCGAAAACGGGAAGAAUUGGGUGCUGAUAGCGGCCGGAUCCUCUUCCUGGUACAACUACAGACAUCAGGCGGAUGCUUGCCACGCCUACCAGGUCGUACACAAGAAUGGCAUCCCGGACGAGCAGAUCGUGGUCAUGAUGAUGGAUGACUUGGCGACAGCUGACCAGAACCCCACACCAGGCAUCUUGAUCAACAGGCCCAACGGUAGCGACGUGUACAACGGUGUCCCCAAGGACUACACUUAUCAAGCUGUUACUCCGGAAAACUUCCUGGCCGUGCUGAGAGGCAACGCCUCCCAAGUGAAAGGAGGCUCUGGAAAAGUCAUAGAGAGUGGCCCCAACGACCACAUCUUUGUUUACUUCACUGACCAUGGAGCGCCCGGAAUUUUAGCUUUCCCCGCUGGAGAGCUGCACGUCAAAGAUCUCCAGGAGACCAUCCGGUACAUGCACGAAAAUAAGAAGUACAAGAAGAUGGUGAUCUAUAUCGAAGCGUGCGAAUCUGGCUCAAUGAUGAAAGAUCUGCCAGAGAACAUUGAUGUUUUUGCCACAACAGCUGCAAACGCGCACGAAUCAUCGUAUGCUUGCUACUACGAUGAAAAACGCGACACCUACCUGGGAGACUGGUACAGCGUCAACUGGAUGGAAGACUCCGAUGCCGAGGACCUGUCCAAGGAGACGCUGUUGAAACAGUUCCGAAUCGUUCGGACUCACACCAACACCAGCCAUGUGAAGCAGUUUGGAAAUAAAACUCUGGCCCACAUGAAGGUGGCGGCCUUCCAGGGGACGCGCAAAAGCGGGGCCGUACCCGCUCAGGCCCCGCUUCCUCCCAUCGCCGAGCUAGACCUGACACCCAGUCCGGACGUUCCCCUGGCUAUCCUCAAGCGGAAGCUGAUGGCGUCCAAUGACAUUGGCACCGCCCGCAACCUCCUCUCCGAAAUCGAUUCACACUUCAAGGUAAGGGAAAUGCUGGCGGCGACUACGCGCCAGAUCGCCGAGAGGGUGACGGGCGACAGUUCCCAGGCCGAGCAGGUGAUCAACGAGAGGCGGGACCUGACCCAACACCAGUGCUAUCGGAGCGCCGUGGACCACUACAAAAGCAACUGCUUCAACUGGAACAAAGCUAAGUACGAGUACGCGUUGAGACAUCUGUACGCUCUGGUCAACUUGUGCGAGAGAGGCUAUACCGCAAACAGCAUCCAGAUGGCCAUGGACUCUGUGUGCUUCUUCAGCAAGUGA